UCUCCUUUUGCUCAAGUUUGCCUUAUUUUGAAUAUAAUCAUCAAUAUCUUCAGCUUUCCUUUCACUGCUGUCCUGAAUGCGUUGGUGAUGAUCGCCGUGAAAACGAAACGACGGCUGAGGGCCCACAAGUCCAAUAUCGCGAUCGCUCUGCUUGCUACCACUGAUUUUGUUGCUGGAAGUUUUGCUCAGCCCGUGUUCAUCGCUUGGCUGAUAUCAAUCUUAGUCAACUAUUACAGUGAUUUAUGCCCAUUUAUGGCGUUACGCUUUCUGAUAAACAUGCUCGUUGGCGUGUCGAUUCUUCAUCUGUUGCUGAUAAGUGGAGAAAGGUAUUUAGCCAUCAAGCAUCCAUUUGCGCACAUCUCUCUUGUCAAAGAAAGUAAUCUGCUCAUUGCCUCUGCCCUGGCUUGGCUGUUGCCCCUCAUUCUUAACGUUUAUUUUUCCUCUGUUGAAAAUACGACAGUGUUUGUUAUGAUCGAUAAUACAAUAACGUUUCUAUCUAUUGCCUGCAUAGCUUACUGUCAUUUUUCAGUUUACCUUGAAACUCGAAGACAUCGGCGACAAAUUGCAGAUCAGCAAGUUACACAAGAAACAAGGAAACAAUUAUUAAAAGAUAAAAGGGCCUUUAAAGCUACAUCUCUAAUUGUUGCGGCGAUACUUCUGUGCUCUUUACCAAUGAUCGUUAUUAAAAUAGUGAUAACUAGGUUUCCAAGUCUAAUACCUUUAGAAGAGAGAUAUAUGUUUUUCCUUUCAAUCACUUCGAUGAACUUGUUAAACUCUUUUAUUAAUCCAAUUAUUUACGCUGUCCGAUUAAGGAAGUUUCGCGUCGCUUUUAUCGACAUUAUAACUUGUGGAACUACAACUCUCGUUGAAGAGAAAGAAAAUGAAAUGCGAAUCGCUAGGCCUCCGGAGAACGAAGAGCUGAGGCUUGAAGAAAGGUAGUAAUUUAAUCUAUUGUCGGAUAAACAAAUAAAAGUGCGCUGAAACCCAAAGAAAUCAUCACUUUGUAAAGUGUUAAUUUUACUACAAGACCAAUUGUCCUAGCUAGAACAACGCAGUUGAAUGUGUAACAACUUAAAAAUUACUCGGUAUUAUUAUCAGUAAUUAAUGAUUUACAAUGGAACGAGCAUAUUGAUUACACAUCGAAAAAAGCUUCGAAACGCCUGUAUUCCCUGAGGAUUCUUAAAAAAGUGGAUAUUAGUAGAGAGAGAAUUCUCAAAGUUUACUUGACAACAAUAAUACCUAUACUGGAAUAUGACGUGCAAGUCUGGAAAGAUAUUCCUGAAUUUCUUUCAAAUAAGCUGGAGUUAAUUCAAUUAAUACUACCAACCUUGGCAACUUGAAAGAAAGACGAACUCAGCUCUGCUGUAAAUAUAUUCAGAAGGUGACUCAAAAUGACCACCCAAUUAACUUUCUUAAGCCGAGAACAGCAACUGGUGGUCAUAGUUACAACUUGCGGACCAGCGACAACAAUAGAAAUAUUGUUUGCGCUGAUAGGAGUCGUUGCCGGACCCAGCGUUCAGGUUCCUUUAUUUCAUUCGCUAGUAAAUAUGUGAAUUUGUAAAUAGUUAUAUAUGUUAUAAUAUAUUUUUAUUGUUUGUGUAGUAGUAGUGUUAAUUAUUUGCUGAUUGUUACUUUAUAGCCCUUUAAUUCAGUUAAUUCUGCAAUGUGGCAAAUAAACGGGUAUAUUUAUUUUUUUAUUACUAUUAUCAUAAAUCUAUCGCCAUCUACUUGACCAAUUUACCAUCCUGAAGAAAUGCCGUGGAAAGCUGGAUUGCUAAAUUUACGAAAUGCUCUUUAUCAAAGAAAAGAAACCUAAAAUGAACACCCUGGAAAUCUGACUCUAGCACACUAAAACUAUUAAGCUGAUAAUUAGCUCCUUUUACACUUCAUAUUGUAUUUUUCUCUUUUAACCACAUGCAACUAAACUUUCGCACGCAACUCCCUAUAUAAUCCACAGAAUCAAGAACUACACGAAUUUAAAAAUGAUGACAUGGAGUCAUCGAAACGUCAUUCAUUGCUAUCGCUUAUUUUUAUUCUCAACUGUUUUUAUAAAACCUCCGUUAUUAGAAAACGAUUUUACGAGGAGAAAUUAAGGAUGCAAAAAUGAGCAGUUUUUCAUCUGAUUUCUAAACACUCAUUAAACAUUAAUUUCCUCUGUAUUUUCUUUACGAAUUAUUAAUGAGCUUGAGUAGUGCACUUAAAUCAAGUGCUUACUUGAAACUAACUAAGCUUCUGGUGUAAAGCCAAGUAUCGAUCAACCUCGUUUCCAGGAGCGGCAGCCUAGCUGUUUAUUCCCUCCGAGAUGUAAAUAAUUCUUCAUAUGAUACGAAAGCCGAAUUCAAUAACUGUUUUAUUAUUCAUUCCAAAUACCUCCUAGUUUAAAAACAUAACUAAAACAUGCUUACCUCCAUCGAUUUUAAGUUCAUCUUCGAUGGUGCACGUUUAGGGUUGGUUGCUCAGCUACGGAAAUAUUCUCCAAAUAGCAGGUGUCGCCCUUCGAGUUGUCUUCUUGCUAUUUUUGCCAUGUUUUGAGCUAUUAUUUCGCCUAGUUCUUACUCUUGAAACGAGUGAAAUGUCCGCCAUUUUUGUUUUGACAACCAAAACAACUCAACCUCGUCCCCUAGUCUUCUCGGUUAACGUUGCAUGAACCUGCAAGGAAGCUGCACUUUUGACGUCAUCGGUUGAUUAAUCGCAAAAUUCUUCCAAAUUUGGUCAUCAGUAGCUUGUUAUGGUGAAUUAUGAGUCUGUCUUUAGGCAAUCAGAAUUGGGUCGGGAAAUAUUUUGAACGAAUAAUAAUUAUAAAUCAUUUGUGUUAGUUCCCUUCUUGAACUCUUAGCCCAGCGCUGGGAGGCCUGAUGUCUCGCAUUUCGUUUUCUUCAGCUUCAACGAGAUUUGUGGUUCCACAUGCAAGUUGUUGUUGAUAAAAGCUACGCGGAACUCCCUUAAUCGGACAUUAGAUUAAUAAAAGAGUUAAACAAACUCAUCGCCAUGACUGGAAAGAAAAGCACAUGUUUCUGUUCCAAUGAUAGUAGACUUGGAAACAUAGUUGUCACUAGUCUAACAAGAGUCGUUGGUAAAGAGCACAGCAGUAUCAUGGCUAUAGACAGAGAUGUAACCUUAAAGGCCCUUUGAUCCUAUAAAAACUUUUUCCUUGUCUCUUGUGUGAACUUGGUGAUCUGCACUUUGUUUUAAAUUUAAAAUGGAAGUAAGCUAUGCAGGCAACUUGUAAUAAAAAGACAGAAUUAUCGACAAGAACAAACGCAGUCAUAUUUUCAGUAAUGAAAAAAUAUAAACGUUAACUACGAAUGACAACAGCCAAGCUACGCUUAAAGUUUACAAUGUCAGGUGCAUUUCUGAUGUUUUUGUCUAGAUUAUUUCAGAGAGUGAUAACACACUCGCUGCUUACCCCAAUUUUUGGUAGCAUGGGUUAGUCUAAGCAUGUCACUAUAUCUUGUGCUAUAAUUAUAUCCGGGCGGGGGAUUCCGAUAUAAAAGUGAGGGGAUGCUUGUCGGAAAAUUGAAAUUGAACCACUAAGGGAGACCAUUGUGAGUGUUGGCUCAAGCUUAAACAGACUCCGAAGGGAGAUUUCUGUUUGGUUACUGUCGGGGCAUUUUUUGUGAAUUUCGUUAUGCACAGUACUAUAAGCGAUACCUGAAUGGGCAAAUAUAGUGACUGUCCACUCCAAACACCCUAAGUGAGACCAAAAUCUACAAUUCAGGACACCCCAAAGUGGGACGACGAGCAUCUCCGUCACUUUUAUAUGGGAGUCCCCCCGCGUAAUUAUGAACGUCCCUGUUUGCUGGCAGCUCCAUAGUGUGAUCCGUAAGGCCAUUAAAACACUUGUAAACGUAUAAACAACCAUUAUAAAAUCGACCGUUGUUAUGAGGUUGAGCCAGUUUAAAGUUACUAGGGGAUCAGUAGCUAACGAAUAAAGACCUAUAAAGUAGCCUGUUUAGGUUAAUUUUCGCGAACUUGUUCUGCAAAACCUGCAGGUCAUUCAUAAGAGUUACAUUGUUUUUGUCACCCCACACCAAAUCAGCAUGAUCAUGAACUGCUAAAACAAGACUGCUAUAGAAAAGUUGGCGAGCGGUAAAGGGUAACAAAUGCUUGAUCCUACGGGUAAACGACCGAGCCGUUGAUUAACUUAAGAAAUUACAUACCCUUGAUGAUCUGACCUUGUGAAGUCUGGGGCCAGCAUAACCUCUAAAUAAUUUAACCUAUUUACUUUAUCUAUUCACAAAAAAAAAUAGAUAGGGGCAAUGAGGAAAUAUUAACUAAGUUUUCUAUUGCUUCUGAUUUACGUGGAUUUGGUCUUUGAAAGGUUCAAUGCAAUUUUGUUCGCUUAUAGCCGCAUUUUUAAGUUGUAGAGAUCUGCAUUCAACUUGCUCUCCAGCUGUUGAGGUUCUUUUGCGAAGCAUUAAAGAAAAGUAUCGUCAGCAUACAAUGAUACCUCGGAGUAUUCAAUAGCAGCAGGUAGCUCGUCGAUAUACAUAAGGAAGAAUAACGGUCCCAAGAUGUUUCCUUGUGGAACCCCGAAGGUAACGGGAAGAGCUUCGGAUAAUUCAUUCUCGCAAGGGGUUUCGGCUGUUUCUGAUUAGUCAACUACGGAGAAAAAAAACACUCUAAUGACCGGCGGGAGACUCCAACUGAUGACAAUUUGGACAUCAAGAUCUCAUGAUCGAUUGUCUCGAACGCCCUUGUAAGCUGAUCCAGAUAUACAGCACCACAAAUGUUCCCUCUUUCAAUGUUUAGUAAAACUUCAUUUAAAAGCAAAUUAUUUGAAUGCUGAGGUUUUCAUACAGCAGGAAGUGGAUUACCCUGGGAGUAGAUCGGAAAACUCAGCAUUAACAGCUGGAAAAGGAUUCUUGGCAGCAGUAAGAGGUAACUCACAAGCGGGAGGAGGGAGGAUGGAAUUGGCUCCGGCCUCACGGAAACCGCGGGAGAAGCAGAAAACGACUGGCUUUGUAACUCGUUCAACUCGUUGUCACGCAGAUCAACAGAAGACUCAAGGGCCAGACGAGAGGACGGAGGAAGCGAAGCCCACGCAGCACGCUUCAUAAAGAAAUCAACAUAGGCAUAGAAAAUAUUAUUAAUUCAAAAUUCUCGGCUUGGUUCAGCGCUUGGUUUUUUGUUAUUUUUGAACUUAAAUCAAAUCAUUUAUAUCCACUUGAUAUGCGUAACGUUUGCGAAUAGUGAUUGUGAUUUGAAUGACUGGCAGUAAAGUCAAUUAAGCUAAAAGCUAGCUUAGUGUUUUCAAGUAGUUUCAAGAAAGGCUUUGUUCGUUGCAUUUUACAACAGUUUAUCGGCUAAGAUAUUACUUGCCAAAUUAAUGAUGGAACUGGAGUAGGCGAUGUAGAGUGAUUUGCUCAUGACUCGAGUAAUAUUUUUCUUUUGAUCUAAUUUUUUUUACUUUCUUGUCUUAAAGGAGACCUUAAAGAGCAGGACGAGAAAAAAAUCAGUUAUAGAAAAAGGAUAUUCGAGUCUUCCCCCAAAACAGUGUACAUCACUUGGAGAAUAUAUUUUUUUAACAUUUAUUUUAUUUGAUUUUAUUAUUAUUUUACCAAAAUUAUGAAAUAACAUAUACUGGCAUCGGCAAAACAAUUUAACUAAACACAUUCAAUUUCUUUGUAACAUUGAAAAUAAUCUUUAAAUAGGAUAAAAAUAUAGAUAAGACUAGACGUCCAAAUGCAAAAAAAAAAAGUGACACCGAAAGAAAAAUAAAAAAAACGAAAGAAGCGAAAAAUUACACACAAGCAUUAAGAGAAAAAGGAAGUGAAAAUUUCCUCACAUUUGUCCUGCAGUAGGGCAAACGGAAGGAAUUCCUACAUGUAACUUCUUGUGACGUAUGAAUGCACGUCACAGUAUCACCUAUUCGAUAAAUCGGUUCCCUUAAGUUUGAGUUUCUUUCACUGGAAAUAUCGUAGUCAGGAAAUUGUUGACAAAAUGCAACGUAGAUUUUGAAAUUUUUUGAAACACGCUGAAUUAACAUUUAGCUUAAUUGACUAAAUUGCCAGUCAUUUUAAACAUAAUUACUUUUCGUAAACGUUGCUUAGAAGUGAAUAUAGGUAAUUUAAGUGAUUGAAACUCAAACUUAACAGCGCUUUUAAAUUAUUGAUGUUUUAUAAGGGGAUUUAAACAGCUGUUUGGGUUUCUUUUCUCCUUUUCCUUUUCCCUUUUUUCCAAAAAAAAAGCUAAAAGGUGAAAAAAAUAUUUUCGCGGCUAUUCCUUGCCGACGGAACUCGGAUAGAAAACCAUUCUAAACCACACAUCAAGUUUUUGUAGUUAAGGUAGAUUUUUUGUUAAUGAUGAUGGCAUACGGAAAUUCACUAAAAGAAACUGUUUUCUAAAAAGCCCUUAACACAUAGUUCAAACACUAAAAAUUUAUGCGUAAAAAACAAAAUCAUGGCAAACACUCAGACAACGAUAAGUGCAUGUGACACGACCAUCUUAAAACAAAGAGUAAAAGGUCAACAGAGAGAAUAUUAGUUUGGUGAACAGUUCUCAACCCACCAACUGAAUUCAGGUAAAUCUGAGAAGCCGUCCGGCAUGAACGCAAGUGAAUUGAUGCACCACGAAUGUCGGAUGUAUGUUAUCUUAGGAGGAAGACUAGAAAAAGCUUCUCCUUUUGCUCAAGUUUGCCUUAUUUUGAAUAUAAUCAUCAACGUCUUCUCCUUUCCUUUCACUGCUGUCCUGAAUGCGUUGGUGAUAAUCGCCGUAAAAUGUAAACGACGACUGAGGGCCCACAAGUCCAAUAUCGCGAUCGCUCUGCUUGCUACCACUGAUUUUAUGGCUGCAAGUUUUGCUCAGCCUGUGUUCAUCGCUUGGCUGAUAUCAAUCUUAGUCAACUAUUACAGUGAUUUAUGCCCAUUUAUGGCGUUGCGCUUUCUGAUAAACAUGCUCGUCGGCGUGUCGAUUCUUCAUCUGUUGCUGAUAAGUGGGGAAAGGUAUUUAGCCAUCAAGCAUCCAUUUGCGCACAUCUCUCUUGUCAAAGAAAGUAAUCUGCUCAUUGCCUCUGCCCUGGCUUGGCUGUUGCCCCUCAUUCUUAACGUUUGUUUUCCCCUUGUUGAAAAUACUACUGCGUUUGUUAUGAUCGAUAAUACAAUAAUGUUACUAUCUGUUGCCUGCAUAGCUUACUGUCAUUUUUCAGUUUACCUUGAAACUCGAAGACAUCGGCGACAAAUUGCAGAUCAGCAAGUUACACAAGAAACGAGGAAACAAUUAUUAAAAGAUAAAAGGGCCUUUAAAGUUACAUCUCUGAUUGUUGCGGCGAUACUUCUGUGCUCUUUACCAAUGAUCGUUAUUAAAAUAAUGAUAACUAGGUUUCCAAGCCUAGUUCCUUUAGAACAGAAAUAUAUGCUUUUCCUUUCAAUAACUUCGAUAAACUUGUUAAACUCUUUUAUUAAUCCAAUUAUUUACGCUGUCCGAUUAAGGAAGUUUCGCGUCGCUUUUAUCGACAUUAUAACUUGUGGAACUACAACUCUCGUUGAAGAGGAAGAAAAUGAAAUGCGAAUC